GGGCGGGCAGCUCACUACGCCCGGGACGUCACGGGUCGCGGGACGACCGAGGGAAACCUGCAGGAAAAAUAUAUUUCGUAUUAUAGUAAAAUCGUGUGUGUCUUUCACUCACUCACUCACUCUCUCUCUUUUACUCUAGUUUUGUUGUUAUACUCAAGUACCGGAAAAUUUUUACCAUUUCCCCCUCAUACCCUCCCCCUCCCAAAACAUUGUCAAAAAAAAAAAAUUGUGUUUAUUGUUAUUUUUCUCGAAAUAAAAAAUAUAACCUCACAGUAAAUUUUUUUUAACAAAAUAUAUUUUCUCCUGGUGCUACUUUAUUAAAAAAGUGAAUAUUCUUAAGAUGAGAUAAAAAUAAUUUUUUUUUUUUUUUUUUGAAAAAAAAGAGUGUUUUAAAAUUAAUGUUCUCGUGAGUGUUUUCUUUUUUGUUUUUUGUUAUGAGUGUUAAUCUAAAGUUAUAAAUUAGUUUAAUAUAAAUAAAGUGGUACAGCCGUGGAUGCUGCGCCGGGUGAUAUCCGAUCCGAGGAUCGGUAUCGGAAAAUCGUGAGAUUUUCCACGGGGAAUUAAGAUAUUUGUUAUAUAUAUAUAUAUAUAUAUAUAUUGGAAGAUUUGAAAAAAAAGUGCCUCUUAUUGAGAAAAUAGUGAAAAAAAUAUGCGGUGAUGCUGCAUCUAUUAAAAAUUUGAGAAAAAAAUCUUUUUUUUUCCCAGUGAAAAAGAAAAGAAAAGAAAAAAGGAAUUGAAAAAAAAAUUUUUUUAAAUUAAAAAAAAAAAAUUAAGGGUGAUUUUUUUUUUGCACGGAACCGGAAGUGAAAAAUAAAAAAAAAAUAUGAGCGAAACAACACCGAAAAUGCAGCAAAAAAGCACCGACGGUUCGCCGGCAAAACUUGAAGCUGGCGAUGGCGGAGGUCCAGGCGGAGAUGGAGAACAAAUUGGUCUCAAUUCGGAAGAAAAAUCCGGAUACGAAACAAAUUUAUAUUUGUACAAUGAUGAAAUGGAAGAUCGGCCGCGGAUUGCGGAAUUUCUUCAUAGUUUGGCGGAUUAUAGUAAUACAAUACCAGCGGCAACAGAUCCAGACAGUAAACCAGCUGCUGGCAAACCUGGAGGUGCACGAAUGGGCACAUUGAUUGGUGUCUUUUUACCAUGUAUACAAAACAUCUUUGGAGUUAUUCUAUUUAUUCGUCUCACAUGGGUGGUGGGAACGGCAGGAGCAAUUCAAGGAUUUUUAAUUGUCCUUUGCUGCUGCUGUGUCACAAUGCUGACAGCAAUAAGUAUGAGCGCAAUUGCUACGAACGGUGUGGUACCUGCGGGAGGUUCAUAUUUCAUGAUCUCAAGAAGUUUAGGACCUGAAUUUGGUGGUGCUGUGGGAAUGCUUUUCUAUACAGGUACCACUUUAGCAGCAGCCAUGUACAUCAUUGGUGCCGUCGAAAUUGUUCUGACCUACAUGGCGCCUAGUUUGAGUAUAUUUGGUGACUUCACUAAAGAUCCAAACAUAAUGUACAAUAACUUUCGUGUUUAUGGAACUGGUCUUCUAAUGGUCAUGGGUACAAUUGUCUUUAUCGGCGUCAAGUUUGUCAACAAGUUUGCAACAGUGGCACUUGCUUGUGUCAUCUUUUCAAUUAUUGCCGUCUACGUUGGUCUCUUUGUUAACGUCAAUGGAAAUGAUUUACUAAAGAUGUGUACCCUUGGUAAUAGAUUAUUAAAGAAUGUCACCGCUGAACAAUGUAACAGAGACUAUCUUCGUAAUGUAUAUUGUAAUAAUUCAAGAGAAUGCGAUACCUAUUUCAAUGAAAAUGAUGUAACAAUUGUCAAUGGAAUUAAAGGAUUAGCUAGCGGUGUAUUCCUAGAAAAUAUAUGGGGAAGUUUUCAAGAAGAAGGACAAUAUAUUGCGAGAUAUAAUCAACCAAAAGAUAUUGACAAACUGACAUCGCAAAGUUAUAAUCAGAUUCAAGUUGACCUAACAACAACAUUUACUAUUUUAAUUGGAAUCUUCUUUCCCUCGGUGACAGGAAUUAUGGCCGGAUCAAAUAGAUCUGGUGAUUUGGCCGAUGCACAAAAAUCAAUACCAAUUGGAACAAUUUGUGCAAUUUUAACAACGUCAACGGUUUAUUUGUCAUGUGUGCUUUUAUUCGCUGGUACUGUGGAUAAUCUUCUACUGAGGGAUAAAUUUGGUCAGAGUAUUGGUGGAAGGCUCGUUGUUGCUAAUAUUGCCUGGCCUAAUGAAUGGGUAAUUCUUAUUGGUUCAUUUCUCUCAACAUUGGGAGCUGGUCUACAAUCAUUGACGGGAGCACCGAGACUAUUGCAAGCAAUUGCUAAAGAUGAGAUUAUACCAUUUUUGGCACCAUUUGCCAAGAGUUCAAGUCGUGGGGAACCAACUCGUGCACUUAUUGUCACAGUAAUGAUCUGCCAAUGUGGAAUUUUACUGGGAAAUGUUGAUCUUCUCGCUCCACUGCUGUCGAUGUUUUUCCUCAUGUGCUAUGGUUUUGUUAAUCUUGCAUGCGCCUUACAAACUUUAUUGAGGACUCCGAAUUGGAGACCAAGAUUUAAAUUCUAUCAUUGGAGUUUAUCGUUUAUUGGUCUGUCAUUGUGCAUUGCGAUUAUGUUUAUGACAAGUUGGUAUUAUGCACUAUUAGCAAUGGGAAUGGCUGGUUUGAUUUACAAGUAUAUUGAAUAUAGAGGAGCUGAAAAAGAAUGGGGUGAUGGUAUUCGAGGUCUUGCACUGUCAGCAGCUAGAUAUUCUCUUCUAAGACUCGAGGAGGGUCCACCGCAUACGAAAAAUUGGAGACCACAAAUUUUAAUUCUGGCUAAAUUAACCGGUGACCUUGUUCCAAAGUACAGGAAACUGUUAACAUUUGCAAGUCAGCUUAAAGCUGGUAAAGGUUUAACAAUCUGCGUUAGCUGUAUUGAUGGUGAUUAUGCAAGGAACUCUGGCGAAGCAUUGGCGGCUAAACAAAGUUUACGACGUUCUAUGGAAGAGGAGAAGGUUAAGGGAUUUGUCGAUGUUCUAGUUGCACGAAAUACUGUGGAUGGUGUUAGCGCAUUGGUACAAACUACAGGUCUCGGUGGAAUGAAACCAAAUACAGUGAUUCUUGGCUGGCCGUAUGGUUGGAAACAUUCCGAGGAUGAAAGAACGUGGAGGGUGUUCUUGCAAACAGUGAGAAAUGUUGCAUCAGCUCGUAUGGCGCUAAUGGUGCCAAAAGGAAUUAAUUUCUUUCCCGAUUCAACGGAAAAAGUUGUUGGCAACAUUGAUGUAUGGUGGAUUGUUCACGAUGGUGGUUUAUUGAUGUUGUUACCAUUUCUUUUAAAACAACAUCGCACCUGGAAGAAUUGUAAGAUGAGAAUUUUUACCGUCGCUCAAAUGGAGGAUAAUUCGAUUCAAAUGAAAAAGGAUCUUAAGAAAUUUUUAUAUGAUCUACGAAUUGAAGCUGAGGUUGAAGUUGUCGAAAUGAUGAACGCUGAUAUUUCUGCUUACACUUAUGAGCGAACACUACAAAUGGAACAACGUAAUCAAUUUUUGAGAGAGAUGCAUUUAAAGAAAAAGGAAUCCCAAGGAUUGGUGGAGACCUUGGAGUUCAACGAGGUACCUGCUGAAGAAAGUUUGCCUGUGGUGCAAGCUAUUGUUGAUCAUCAUCAUAAUGUGGAUGUAAAAACAGCAACAAAAGUACGAUUCCAAGAGCCGGGAUCAAAUCAACCAAAUGGCGUUGAAGAGGGUCAGGAGAAACUUUUACAAGAAUCAGAUUCAAGUCAAAAGGAAAGUGAAACAACAACAACAACAAUUGUUGAAAAUGAAACCAUUGAAAAACAAACGGAGGGAGUGAAAAAUAAUAUUGGUGGUUCGCCAAAACAGGAUAAUAAGGAGAAUGCUGAAAAAGAGGCUAAAAGUACACAGGAUAAAAAGGCUGAGGAGGCAUCUAAGGAAGCAACUCAACUCACACCUGACGAGGGAAAUGUGAGACGUAUGCACACUGCAGUGAAAUUAAACGAGGUCAUCGUGAACAAAAGUCACGAUGCACAGUUAGUAAUUCUAAAUCUUCCAGGACCUCCUAGAGACACAAAACUGGAACGAGAAUAUAACUAUAUGGAAUUUUUGGAAGUCCUUACCGAGCGUCUCGAGAGGGUGCUAAUGGUACGAGGAGGUGGCCGAGAAGUUAUUACCAUCUACUCGUGAACGAAAUCAACGUUCAACGAAAAUAUGAAAUUCAGCGUCUCGCUAAAAUCAGAGUCUAGUUUAAUUUUCCUAAUAUUUAAAAUAAUAAUUAUAAUAAUAAUAAUAAUAAUAAUAAUAAUCCUCAAGGCCAUUUUUCUAUUGUGCCGCUAUCUUGCACCGUUAAUGGCGCUAAGCGCUAAUAACUUAAUAAUUAAUAAAAUAGAAGGAAAUAAUGAAUUUCAUCAAAAAUUGAAAUCCAUUUUUUCCUUCUAUUUUUCUCUCUCUCUAUCUAUCUAUCUAUUGCUUGACGAUAGGAAAAAAUUUAUUGACGAACAAAAAAAAAAAAAGAGCAAUGAAAAUUUAUUGAAUUUGACUUAUCUCUUUGUCCGUUUUUUCGAAAGAUUAGAAUAUUUAAAAAAAAAAAUAAUAAUAAUAGAAUAAUUCUGAUGCCAAAGUAUAUUAUAACGUGCCAAAGGCUAAGUUUAUUUUCAAUGAUUUUUCAUUAGAAACUUAAGACAAGGUAAAUUAAGUUAAAUUCAUCGAAAAAGAAGAGAAAAGGUUUUCGAAAAAGAAAACCUAAGAUCUCAUUAAAAAGAAAUCACUUUCAUUCAUCGAAAACAGAAAAAAUGAAUCAAAAUUUGAAGUCAAAGGCUAAUGUCGAAGCAUCUAUGAAAAACACUGCCAAAUUAUUUUCUAUAUGCUUCGCAUUUAAACCAAAGACAGAAAAAAAAAAUACGCGAGAGGCUCAUUUUUCUACGUGCAUUGUCGUUUUAGGAAAAAAAAAAAAAAACAAUUUCUAGAUAGAGAUUUUGCUUCAGAAAUUUAAAAAAAAAAAAAAAAUUUAUAACUAGCCUCUAGGAUAGAAAAAUUUAGAAAAUAUCAUCUUUCGUUUUUUAUUUGAAAAUGAAGCACUAACCAGAAAACUUUUCCCUAAAAAACACCCUUUUUUUACAAUUCUUUUCCUCCCUCCCUUUUCCCUAUUUCUAAGAAAUUUUUUAGACAAACAAAUACUCGUGUAGCAAAAAAAAAAAAAAAAAAAAACUUUUUCAAAUUUUUUCAUCCGGAUUUUUACAAUUCGUAUUCUUUUCCUAAAAAAUAAUCUUUCUUCAAAAAAAAAAAAAAAAAAAAAAAUACAAAAUACAAAAUAUGCAUGAUAAAAAAAAAUAAAUUUUUUUUUUUGCCGAAUUUUUGGGCCAGAAGCAAUUCGUCGCACUCGUGUUUUAUUACUUACUUACUGUCCAAGGCCUAUGAAAAAAAAAAAAAAUAAUAAUAAUUAACGGUUCGUGUACCGAAAAUUUAAUAUUUGCUAAUAUUAUAAUUAACAACACCAAAAAAAAAAAAAAAAAAAAAAAAAAUACGCAGUGUGUGUUAGGUUUAUAGUUGUUAUUCGAUGGAUGUCGCGUAAUAAAAAAGAAAUUUUCUAGCAAAACUCUCAAAAAAAAAAAAAAAAAUAUUAAGACCGACGCUAUUAUUAAUAUACGAUAUACUGCGGCACAUUUCAUAAAAAAAAAAAAAUUUUAGCUAAUUUUAGAACACUAAUAAAUACUCGAGUUAAGUGUCGUGAUGCACUUUUUGCAUAAAUAUAUAAAAAAAAUAUAUCUAUAGUUUGCAGUGCUAUUUCACUAUUUUUAGAUAGGACCCAAAAAAAAGCAGGACUUGAAAAGCAAAAAAAAAAAAAAUCGUAACUUUUUUUAAUUUUCAAUUUUUUUUUUUAUCUUCAAAAAUUUUACAGGGUACUGUCAAUUACGUAAUGUCCCUAUAGAUUCAUUUUUUAAUAUCGAAAGAGAAACGUCCAAUUUCACCCCCCGCCUUUUUUUCCAAAAAAAAAGUAUUUUGGAUUCAGUAUUUUUUUGCUAAACAAAAUUUUUUUUAGAAAGUAUUAAUUUUGACUAUAAUUUAAAAAAGAAAGAGAAAGAGAAAAAAGUACUUAAGAUAUUCGAAAAAAAAAAAUCUGCGUGGUAGUAAAAAAGUACGAUUUAAUUACUGCACUAGUAUUUCCCUUAACGUCUGUGAAAAAAACUAAAAAAUAACAUAAUUACGAUACGACGAUAAAUAUAUAUGCGUUAAAGUUAAAAUAUAUAAAAAAAAAAAAAAUUGUCCAGCCUCAAAAAUUUCGUGCUCGAAAUAAAUGAAAAAAAAAGAGGACAGAAAAAAUCGUUUUCAAUAACGCAUUGAAUUUUCAAAGUACAGAAAAAAAAACUUUUCAAAUAUAUAUAUAAAUAGGUAGGAAAAAAAACAUAACUAAAAAUAUAUAUUACGAUUACAAAUAAAAAUCGUAAAUAAUAGUUUAAAAAAGAAAAAAAAUAUCGAUAGAUGAAAAAAAUGUCAAGGAACGGAUAUUGGUUACCUGUGAAUUUAUUUUUAUUUUUUAACUAUUAAAAAGUGUCGGAAAAAACACUUUUUUAAGUCAAUUGUCACAUGUGGUUUUUUUUUCGGUGCCUAAUAUCCGCUCCUGACGUUUCGAGUUUUACGCAUUUUACAAGUAGAAAUUCUCUAGCGCGUGAGGAAUAAAAUCGAAAUAAAAAUACAAUUACUCUACUCACUUCCCUUAAAAAAAAAAAAAAAAUCGGGAUGUCUUUGCCUGCCGUUCAAAAAAAAAAAAAAAUUUCUCAUUUCUUUACAAUUUUCUAUAAUCUACACAACACUCGCUUCGACAAAAAAAGGUUCGGAUUUUAUUCUUACAUUCUGUCAAAGAAAUUAAUUUUUAAAAAUCAUUUUAAAUUCGUUCACGAUUUCACAGUUACAAGAAAAACUCGAAAUCUAAAAUAGUCGGGGAAAAAAAAGAGUCCGAAAAGUAUUUUAUUAAAUGCAUAAUUUUUUUUUUUUUUUUUAAACGAUGUGAUAUUAUUUUCUCGCAAAAUUAAAAAAAGAAAAGAUGAUUUAACGCCAGAGUCUUGUACGAGAAUGAGCGGCGUGAGCUCCCGCUCUUUAAGUAUCCGAGUUGGCGCGCAGGCGUCCUUGAACGUAGCGCGCAACAAGUGGGACGGGCCUUAUUGCCGUAACUAGCCGAACGGCAGCGGAGGGAACCGAAUCGAAUACUUUUCCGAGAAAUCAAUGAAGAGUAACGUUAAAAAGUAGUGAUUUGAAUAUUUCUCAUCAAAAAAAAAUUCAGAAAUAAUUAUUACUAUUAAUUACAAUAUAAUAAUAUUAAAUUAUAUUAUUUUCUGAAUUAUAAUUAUAAUAUAAAUUAUUAUUUUUAUAUUUUUUUUUAAUUAUAAAAUUUCAUAAUAGUAAUUAAAUUGUUCAAUAAUUUUUACGACUAAUUCAGAUUUUAGAGUAAAAAAAAAACGAGAAAAAUCGCAUAACAUCCCUCAUUCACUCUCACUGCUGCAUCGUAACAAGAAAGUAUUAAAAAAAAAAAAAAAAUUUGAGCGGACCUGGUGUAGAAUAUUAAUAUGUACUGUGUACACAAAAUUUGUAAAUUAUUAUUAUUAUUAUAUUUCAAAAAAAAAAAACCCACAUCCCUAUAUUAUCUGAAAUGUUACUUAUUUUAUAAUUUUAAUUAUAAUUAGUAUAUAAUAUAUAUUAUAUAUAUAUAAAUAUAUUAUAUUACAUUAUAUUGUAUUAUAUUAUAUUAUAAAUGCGACAUAUAUAUUUUAUGUGUACUUAUAUUGUCUAGAAUUAAUUUGGCAAUCGAUAUAGUUUAUACAGAAUAUGAAGUGUUGAUUAUUAUAAAUAUAUAUAUGAGAAAAAAAAAUUUAUUAAUUAUGAGGGAAAGAGAAAAAAAAGAAAGAUUAUAGGCGACUUUCAUGAAAAAAAAAAGUUACUUAAAAAAUCAUGUUGGUCUGCGAUUUUGCUCGCGACAAUAUAGAACGUGAAAAUUUUACUAUAUAUACAUACAGCCGCCUUUCAGCGAAAUUGUAGACCUAUUAAAUCAUUGUAAAUAAAUAGCUAGUAACUGUUAAAAAUCGCUUUAUAUGAAAAAAAAAUUAAAUAAACGAUUACGAAAGUUUACAAGACACGAGAGAGAAAGAGAGAGAGAGAGGAAAUGAGGCAGAGCUUUUUAUAGUAUUUUCAGUGUUUCACUCAAAAAGGGCUACAUCGAUUAAUAUUUUUAUUAUAACAAUUUUUAUUUUCGUUAAAAUUCAUAUUUUUUAAUUUUCUAAUUUUUUUUUGUUUCUAAAUUUUUUACUUUUUCCCUCCUGUAUUUUUAUAUAAAUAUUUUUUUUAUUUUUUUACAUUUUUGUUUCUUUUUUUUGUAUUUUUGUUUUUUUUUAAUAUUUUUGAUUCUUUUUUAAAAUAUUUUUUGUUAUUUUCUUUCUAUUUUUUGUGUUUCUAUAUAUUUUUUUUAAUUUUUCCUAAUUUCAAGAUGCAAAAACUGUUGAAACUAUCAGUAAAAGUAAGAAUCGACCGUUACGGGACACGCCCAUUCAUUGUGAUUGGUUAGUCCUCAAGGUCACGCUGCGUCAAACAAUCGUCGUUCAGUGACCUUGAAGUGUAACCAAUCAAAUGAGUUGAUGCUCCCAUCAGGGUGGAGUCUCUACACAAAAUAUAAUUUUCACUGCAUUAUAUAUUUUAUUUCAAAAUAAUUUUAAAUUUUUACAUUUUGUUAACAUACUUUCAAAAUAUUUCAAUUAAAAAAAAUAAAUUAAUUAAUUAAAUAUUAAAUUAAAAAUUUAAUUUAAUCAAAAAAAAAAUAUAACUCGAUGGCCCUCUAAUGAUGCUUUUUAUAUAUAUUUUUUUUUCAUUAAAAAAUUGUUAUUUUUUCAACAAAAAAAAAAAUGCACAAUGAUCGUGUGUGUAAAAUAGAAAAAAAAAAUUAUUUGCAAAUUAGUUUUAGGGUACAUGUUAAAAAUAGUGCCAUUGGCAAAUACAAAUACAAAAAAAAAGAAAAUGAAGCACUUCAGAAUAUUAAUCUCUGGUAUUUGUCAAAUCACUAAAAAAAAAUUUUAUUUUUUUCCCCAAAUAAUGAAAUUUAAAAAUUAUCAUUUUAAUUAAUUUUUAAAAAAUCUAAUUUUACAAUAUAAUCAAAAUUAGUUUAAUGUUAAUAAUUUUUGAAAAAAAAAGAAAUAUAUUGUUUUGUAAUUUUUAAUGAAAUAUAUAUAUAUUUUUAAGUCGUUACCAUAUUAAUUGUGAUAGUUGAGUUUAUUUUUUAGGAAAAAGUAUAUUAAAUUUUAAGAGCAAAAAAAAAAAAAAAAUGAAAAGCUUUGACAAAUCCAAAGUAUGGAAAAAUUAAAAAAAAAAAUAAAAAAGAAAACAAUCUCUAUAUAUAUUUGGUACCAGAUUAAUGCAAAAAUCAAAUCACUGUAUUUAUGUCUGUACCUAAAUUUUUUAAAACAUGUUACCUGAUGAGCUCGCAAAGCGAUGUGGGAAUAAAGAAACGUUAUAAUUACGAUCAUUAUGAUGCAUUAAAAAUAUUAUUAGAAUAAAAAUUUUAAAAAUA